CCAGUUCAUGUCGUGUGCUUUUGUGUUAUUUUGUAAUUUUUUGCGAAAUUUUGUCAUUUUUCUAAACCUAAUUCAUCAUGAAACGUAAAUGUAUAAACAUAGAUUACGGACGUAGAUCCACGAAACGCCCGAAAAUCCUUUACGAAAUAUCAGAUUUGCCAAAUGAGAUGUUGCAUCAAAUUUUCAAAUGUUUGUCGUUAAUGGAUCGUCGCAAUGCGAUGCUUGUGUCAACUUUUUGGAUGCAACUCAUGAACAAAUAUUUUCCGGGAGACAACACAAUCGUGCUUGAUGGUCAUUCGAGAGAUUAUUACCCAAAUGGUCGAAUGUAUGAAAUUUUUCAAGCCAGACUCACACAAACUCGAUGCUUUCGAAACUUUUCUGGUUUAGUCAUCAAAUGCUUGCCGCAGGAGUUUUCACUUGACAAUUUGAUGAAAUUUUUGUUGUUGGUCCAGCAUGAAAUUCGAACCCUGAAGAUUUUCAGUUAUCGCUCAUUGGAUCUGAUAAAUCACAAAUUAUAUGCGAUUUUGUUAAAAUUGGAAGCUUUGGAAGUUGCAAGCGAGAAUCUUUUGGGCGAUUUUUCCUUUCCGCCAAAUCUCAAAUCGAUCAAAGUCAACUCUGUGUUUACGAACUUGAAAAAUUUGGAAAAAGUUCAAAAAAUCAAGUCACUUGAGAGCUUUACUGUAAAGUCAAUUUUGAUCACCAGAAAGGAAUUGACGGACGAAGCUACGAUGGAGUUCAUGGAAGAAAAUACGAAAGUUUUGUUGGAGAAAAUGGUCGAAAAAGAUGCUUACAAAAAAUAUUCCAUUGAAUUGGAGACGAAAUUCAACUUUCACGGAGACGCAAAAUUAGCGGCGAAGGACAUCUCACAAAUUGCAUUGACACAAAAUCAUUUCAACCUUGCACCUCUUGCGAAUUUCUGUGGUCUUAAGAAACUCGUAAUUAUUGCAAUGGACCAAAAUUCGACUGUGAUAACGUCAAAAGUUAAUUUCCAGCUAUUCGGCGUGACACAUUUGGAAAUCAUGAAAUCUAAUGGAAAUUUUCAAAACUUAGAUCAUCAAUUUUUUUCGCAUUUUCCUGACUUGGAAUCCCUCACAAUAAACGAUAUAAUGUUGAAUGAUGAGAAUUUCCGUUCAAUUUGUGAGCAUAUGCCUAAACUAAAAGAGUUGAAUUAUCAUUCUUGGAGCGCAUCGAAGAUUUCCAUAAAAACAGUUUUUGCUGCAGAUGCGUAUUCAAUCAAAGAUUUACCAAACUUGGAAACAUUUUGGAUGAAAACCAAGUCAGAAAAUGUGGAUGCAACUGAUCUUAAGUGGCCCUCUUUGCCUCACAUGAAAAAAAUAUGUCUCAGCGGAGAAGGAUUCCAUUCGCUUAACAAAAAUUUUUACUUUGGAAUUGCCCAAAAAUCACCAAAAUUGCACGAAAUUCGAUUAGAUUACGUAAAAUAUCCAGAAUCGUCUCCAUCAAAGUUCUUUCCUCUUCUCGCAAAGCUGAAUUUAGUUCAUUUAACGCUUCCUGGCGAAGGCGAACUUUAUUCCGACGAUAAUAAUUCUGCAUUAGUAGGAAAAAUCGUCAAGCACUGUAAACAUUUGAAAUGGUGCAACAUCAAUGAUGGCGUUGGAUUCUCCUUACAGCAAGAAAUUCAGCUUUUGAGGAGCUUACCGAAGCUACAAUGCGUCGCUUCAGCUGACAUGUCUGGUUGUAUCUUCCGUGAGACAUAUCGUGAUGACGUGAAAGAUCUCAAGAAAUAUUUGGCUAAAGAGCUUUCGUCUUACAAGGACUUGCAGCGAACAAUCAACUAUUUGUACGACUUUGAAAUUCCUCACGAAGAUCGUCUUCGGAUGGAAGAAUCUUUCAGAGCUGGCAUUUCUGUGGAAGAAGACGAAGAAGAUGAGGAAUUUGAAACUUGGUACAUUGUGAUGCACGAUUUCCUGAAAAUGAGUCCUCGUGAUAUGUGCAAAGCAUUUUAUUAUACUACUUGUGUAAAUUUGUGAUUUAAAUUAUUUUUUGUUAUUUUAUCGAAAUUUAUGUUUAUGUGAACUUGCAUGUUAUUUAUGAAAUUUAUCAAAAAAAAAAAACAUAUGCUGGCAAAUUAAAAAUAAAAUAAAUAAAUACCUUUUAAAAAAC